UUCGAGACAAUGGACUCAAGAUAUCAGUGUACGAGUAUUCGGACAGUAUCGGUGGACGGUGUUUUACUGUACAGCUUCCGGACAUACCGGAUGUAAAUAUCGAAAUGGGAGCUUUGCGGUUUGUUCCAAGCUGGCACCCGUUGCUAAAUAAAACUAUACACGAGUUAGGUUUGGCAAUAGAAGAUGUGACAAUGGCCCCGACCGGCAAAGGCGACACUCUCUACUACCUUCGAGGCAAACAUAUGUCAUACAGCGAACUCCCUGUCAAAGCUCCGUAUAACAUUCCUGAGAAUUACCGAAUUGACUAUGACACCCUUAACUGGCAAAUAUACAUGAACUUCACAACAGAAAGUAGCAGAAGUGAAACACUUACGUCUGAAAAUAAGCAAUACAUUAAAUCUUUAGACGGUGUAGAUUUGUAUAUGCAAAGUUGGGAUAUUUUCAGUGGAAAGUUUCUUGACAAAGAAACAACCGCUUACAUUGAAGAUGCGGCUGGCUACGACGACGGCUUCGCAGGUACAUCUGCAGCACAAUAUGUACCAAGGUCUAAACAGUCAGAGUGGAAUUCAGCCCGCUUUAAAACGAUAACGAAAGGAUUUCAAGCCCUUCCAACAACAAUGCUAGAACAAUUUCUUAAUGAAAGCGUUAAGCAUAGAUUUUACCGAAAUCACCACUUGCGCUCCAUCAAGAGAAACCAGAAUGGAAUGUAUCUAAUUACAUUUCAACCAACAGAAACUGUAGCUGGUAUUACUUCAGAUGUACAGGGCUCAGCAGCACGGACUAUGUGUGCACGUAAAGUGUUAUUAGCAGUACCAAAACUAGCGCUAGAAAAUAUUGACUGGGAUGUCUUAAACAACGACCGAAUUAGAGAUAUUCUAACAAAGUCCCUUGUGAGUAUCCAUGGUACGAAGAUGUUUUUUGGCUAUGACAAGAUAUGGUGGAGAAAUAUAGAGAAAUCGUCCAGCAGUAUCGUAUCUGAUACACAUUUGAGAGCAACGUAUGAUUUUGUCAACCUACAGUCUAAAACAACACCGAAAGCAGUUUAUAUGAUUGCAUAUCCAGAUUUAAGUAACGAGUACUGGAGGCUUGCACAAGCAUCUGGUAAUCCAGUACCAGGUGUAGGAGAUAAGUCACUUGAAAUGACGAAUACGAGCGUAAACAUUGCCAGGAACUAUUUAUCUCAGAUUUUCAACGUUAGUAUGGAUGAUAUACCAUCACCGACAUCUGCAGUGAUGUCGAUCUGGGACCAGUAUCCAAUAGGUGCCGCAUGGUAUGCAUGGGCGCCAGGUUAUAAAAUGGAAGAGGUUGAAUCUACAAUGCUCAGACCGUCAACUACAGAAGAAGUAUAUAUCAUAUCAAAUACAUUUAACCGCAACUCUGGAUGGACAGAAGGUGCGCUUGAAGUUGUUGAGAAAGUACUUAAACUAAUUUGAUCAGGUAUUGACGCACAAGAGUAAGCUGAAAAUGACAGAAAAACUGCUACGACGCGCUUGGAUAUACAUAAAGUCUACUCAAAAUAGUUUUAUAUUGUUCUGCGCUUGGAAAUAUAUAAAAAGUUCUCAAAAUAAUUUGAUAAGUUUCUGUAGCGGGGAGAUAGCCAAAAAAUGAAAAUGCACUGAUGCGCUCAUAAAUAUAUAACUUUUCCUGAAAAUGAUUUUAGAACCGAUAUAUUAAAGAUAGCUAAAGUGAGACUCUGCCUUCUGUAGAAACAUUGAAUCAAAUUUUAAAUAAAGUACUUAAACCAGUAAAUCAAUUAAUGCGCAUACAACUUAGAACAAGACUUAGUUCCAUUUAAAACAAAUUGUGAAAUUGCCAAUAAAAUAUUCUAAUAAUGAGCUUGUCAUUCAAUAUAUCAAAGCUUUAGUUGAUAUUGUGUUCAUGCUUUCUAUAUAUUUUUAUUAAAUAAUGCCUCUUAAACAUAAUGCAUAUCGAUUUCUAUAUAAGCAUUUAAGUAAAACAAUUCAAUGAUUGUGUGUUUCAAACCUUAGAUCACACUGCGUUUCGCAGAUGUUCACAAAUUAAGUGCUAAGAAUUAAAAGGUUUGAGUUUAAUAGGUUUCCCGAUAUUGUAUUCACAUAAAAUAGAAAUAAAAUCUUGCCGAGGUGAAAAUGUUUUGCUUCCAAUUUAAUUUCCUUUAAGGUUAACGUUCACAUAUUUCUUUAAAAUGUUAGCUCUACAUGUCGCACAUCUUAUUGAUAAUCAGCGUUAUUCAUUAAUAAAUAAGAAUUGUUUUGUUAUUUGAUGCCUUGAUGUAACUGACCUUUUCUAAUGAAAUUUUUACGAUCAUAAAUAAACCUAUGGUCUAUAAUGUGGUGAAAUAGAAUAUAUGUAUAUCCGUGCGCUCGUUUUUGAAAUAUUUGCUCAUGAAUAAAGAGAACCGCAUAUUUCAAGCUGAUUUUGAGAGAAUAUAUGGAUCUUUAAAACGAUAAUAGUGUUGUCGUUUUAAUAAAUUUACUUAGACAGUUGGCUCACUGGGAAAAGAGGCCUGGUUAACAAAUCCGAAGGCAUUUUUUAGUACAAUAUGGUGUGAUACCUUAAAACGUUCGUUAUUCUUUCUCCUAUACAACCAGGGUGGAUACCAGGCUCAAAAAUCCAUUUUUAUUUUUUUGUGAGGCCCAAAAGGGGACAAUGAGUUUUUUUCUCAAUUUAAAGGAAAUUAAAGAAAAUUUUCAUUUUUAUCAUUAUUUGAUGAAAUGUGUAUCUGUUUUAGAUUAAAUGUAUUGUAAUAUGAAUAAAUAUGUUCAUCACACUAAUUAUUUUAGAAUUUGAGGCCCAUUACAGGGUUUUUAAAAAAUAUUUUGAAAUUUUUGACAGGUAACGCAUAAUUUAUAUUGUUUUUACUCUAUUUUUGAAAUAUCUACGAUAGUAAGGUUGAGUAUUUAAGGUUCAGGUGUGUAACAGGCAUUCUAAUACACAAAAUAAUAAAAAAGGCACCACUGUGGGGUCAUGUUAUUAUAGAAUAAUUGAUAAGCAAGUUUUAAAGUUUGUUGAAAAAGUUUGGUAAAUUGCCCUUUUCUUUCAUAUGUUGUAAACCAUAAAAUUUACCAGAAUAUUUUCUUCACAGCAAUUUCAUAUUUGUUCUUAGGUAGUUAUUUAACCGCAGCCCCCCCCCCCCCCAACCCCCACCCCCAAAAAAAUGAGGCUCCAAAGGGGUUUAAAUUACUCACAUUUCAUGAUAAUUUAGAUUAGUAAGUAGUAAUUAGUUAACAGAAUCAUUGCUGAAAUAUAUUUAGCAUAUGACGAUUUAUGAUUCACCAUCUUAUAUGUAUGGUGGUAUUCACAUCUCUUUAAUAGGAUAUAAGUGGAACUUUAACUAAUAUGCCAUAGUAUAAAUAUAGCUCAAAGACCAGAUUAUUCUUAAAUGUGUGCCCUCUUGAUAUACUAGUAGCAAGCCAACAAUUAUAUUCAUUGGCAAUGUUACCUAUACAUGUUUCUUUAUUCAUCUGAUCUCUUGUAACAUUGGAAUAUACCCCAAACAACAAUCAGAUCACUUGAUUCAGCUAGCUAGAGAGACAAGUCAAAGACAUUUUUAACCAGUUUGGUAUCAGCGGAGCAGUUGUCAAGUAUUUAGGUUUCCGCGGCUCAAUCUGGAGGUCAGCAUCACUGUACUGGUACAGUACUGUUGUAAGUCCACUUCAGUAAAUGUCACAAUGACACUGCACAGCUGAUAGUUACAUUUUGUUAUAGUAAGUAUUUCAUUACCUGAAAAGGAUCACUGAUGUUCAUGUGAACAUGUAGUACCUAUUUUCCCAACCAGCUACGUUUUUGGUAGGUGGUGUGUAUGAAGUAGCCACAAAGGGGCUAGAAAAUUCUAAUAUUUUCAAAAAUGAUGUAAUCAUUAGUAUUUUGUGUAAUUUUGUGCCUUGCAGAUUGUAGAUAUCGGCUCUUCUUUGUCCUCAUAUUAUCGCCUCUAUUCAUGGUAUAGGAACAAGAAUGUCCAGGACCUGUGAAAUCUGUUCGUUUACAAUUUUGAUAAUAGAUUAAGUAUGUAUAUUUUGUUGUUCGUUAUUAACGAUAGUUAUACUUGUAAGGAUUCCUGAGAGAAAGCAUUUUUAUGUACAAAUGACUGCAUGAAACGAUUUUCCUGGCACCUUAGUGAUGAGCAGGGCUAGAUUCCAACCUGAGGGCCCUCCAGGUAGUUUCAGCUCAACAUUAAAAAAUUGUUAAUGGUCAUUUUUUCAGUUCUAGGCUUGUUAUGCUCUAGAAGCCUAUUUUGCUCAGGUUAAAAGAACUGAGUACAUGUCUUAAUAGUUGUUAGGCUUACUUUGUAUCUAAAUUUACAGAAACAUUUCGUAUUGUACAUACUUUGCCAUUACGUCUUUUAUUUACACUGUUAUGCAACUCUGAAAAGUUGGAAAGAUUAGGAGAAAGGUUUACUUCACUUUUUACUGGUUUGAUCUCCAAGUUGUGCUUUUGCAACUGACAGUUCCAAAUCUGUGCUCCUUUUUGUUUGUCCGUAUCUUUCUCGUUGUCUAUAUAUUUUACUUUGUUCAUGUAUAUUAAGUGUAAAGUUAAUCAUGUACACAUCCAUACGAUCACUGAUAUGGGGAUUUUGUUUGAGAGGAGAGGUUCUUUCUUCGAACGUAGGUUUUGUUAAUGAAUAUUUGUCCUUGCGUUUUUUUUUUGUCUAGCCUUGUGCUUUGAAAAUACUCUCAAAAGUAAAAAUGCAACAUCCAUUCUUUAGGACAGUCUAAGCAUGACUUGUGUUACAUGAGCAUAUGGCGCCAGUGUUGUAAUUCAUUUCACUACCACCUUAGAAAUCCAUAUUAAUUACAUUUCGAUAUACAGAAAUUCGAUCAUCAGUAAGGAAUGACAUACCAAAUAUCCGUAAAAGUCUUGAUACUGUUAAAAGACUAAUAAAUUGACCAAGAGUUUAAGUUUGAUAAGUUUGAAAUUUUUACCUUGCAAAACACUUGUGUGUGAUGUAGACGCGAUUACAAACAUUUACGUGUAAUGCCACACGGGGUUUUCUAUAUUGUAGUAGUAUUAUUAUAUCUGGUGACUCCACCAUUUCAUAACAACUGAAUGUCAAUUGGUCUUAUGGCAUACCACUGCUUCAACAAAAUAUUUUUGUAAAAUGCCUGUUCUGGCCAUGUAUAAAGUCCGAUAAAUAUUUUAAUAACAAUAGUUGUCCAAAAGCCUUGCGCUCGACUAUUCAACAACUUCUAAGUUUAACAAGGACCAUGACUGGGCAAGACGUACAAAACCAUAUAUUGGUUACUUCCCGAGGUUUGAUGACCGGAAGCACUAUGUGAAAUUUUAAUCAAAUGCAUGUAGUUUCUGAAAUACACCUUGUCUUUUAGGUACAUGCUAAACUUUUACCAAAUAUUCUUGGUUGAAAACGAAUCAUAUUUUGUAUUAAACUCAGUCAAGAUUAUUUUUAUUUCAAAAGGUUAGAUGACAUAAAAGUCUUAUGUAAAGUUUUAAUCCAACACAUAUAUUGAUUGCUAAGAUAUGAACUUACAUGCAAAACUUACCCAAGGUGAAGAUGUCAACAAAGGCGACACCAACACCAGAGUGAACAGAAUAGCUCUCACUAUUCUUCAAAUGCACCGGAAUUUUGAAAAGUUUGCCAAUUCAUAUGUGUGUAUCGAUGUACAUCAAAUAUUUCACACAAUAUUUUGCAUUUUGCAAAAACAAAAUUAAAUACUUGCCAGAAAGUGAUAUUGCGUGUAUACUUUUUUGAGUGUAUAUAUCGGUUCAGUAUUCCAUAUUUGGGCAAUUUGACUAUAUGUGUCUCAAAAGUUAGUACCAAUAAACCCUGUAUAAUGGACAUACCAACAGAAAAUGAAACUCUGAUUCGACUUGAUUCAAAUCACAUCGACUACAUACUCUGUCAGAUCUAACAACACUUCUCUAACGACCUUCUUCUAUCUGUAAAUUAUGAGACGAACAUCUUAAUAAUGCUAAAGCGUUUCUAUGAGCAUCAUUAUUUAUCAUGCUUAAAUAAUUUUCUUAAACAAAACUUAACUUAAAUUGUUUAUAAUAAUCCAGUUUAGUAGAUAAAUCAAGUUCAGCCAACCAUUGCUGUAACUACUGGUCAUACAUUCUCUGGACUACUGCAUUAACAUUUUAAUAUUCCAGAAAAAAAAUCCAAGUUCAUUUAAUAAGUUUCUCACGUUAACUGACCAGCUACUUAACAAUGUAUUAAUUGUGUCCUUGUGCCAUCAUUACUUUAUGCAUCAAUGAAUUAGGCAUAUUCAUAAAUUUGUACCAGUACUUAAUAGUUCUAAUUUUUAGUAUUACAUAGAUAGGAAAUACAUCAAAUUCUCCAUAUACUGCACUGCUACAUGUUUGUUGCUUAACACCAAAAAUUUGUUUAAGAAACUUUAGGUAUUUACGUUCUAUGUCUGGAGACUUAUGGAAACCCAAUAUCUCAGAUCCGUAACACAAUAUCGGUAAUACCAUAGAAUUGAAAAGGUUUGUGAAUAACAUCUAAACUAAUAUUAUCAAAAAGUGAGUUUAGAGAAAAUAGGGCGUUUAAUGCCUGCGUAGAUAACGCCUUUUGGGCCUGAUAGAAACUACCAUUAGAUGACAAAGUAACACCAAGAUUUGUAAAAGUUUUAACCUGUUUCAAAAAUUUAUUAUCAUGCUUUAACGAUACAUUAGUUGGCCUAUUACUCCCCUGUCUAAAAACCAUAGCAACCGUUUUGUCUGCAUUUACUUCUAUACCCCAUUUACUGCAUUAAUUAUAUAAUUUAUCUAACAAUAUUUGUAACCUUUGCUCAGAAUACGAAAAUAAAGCAGUAUAAUCAGCAAAUAAUAACAAACAUAUUUGUAUUUCAUCUAAUAGUAUACUAAAUGCAUCAAUGUUAUCAUCAGCUAAGUAUUCUUGCAUAUCAUUGACAAACAUUAUGAAUAGAAAGGGAGAAAAUGGCUCCCACUGCUUUAAGCCCAUAUAGAUAUCAAGGAAGUCGGUUAAUGAACCAUUGACCUUUACACAUAAUUUAACACUUUCAUACAUACUUCUAAGAAUGUUUAGCAUUUUACAUGACACGCCCAUACCUACUAAUUUAGACCAGAUACCAUUUGUGUAUGUAAAUCUACCAAUGCAGUGUACAACUUCUUUCUUUCCCGCUUAACGACCUUUAAAGUUAUCUAUAUAGAGUUAAGUAUAAAGAUACAGUCAACGGUGCUUUUACCUUUUCUAAACCCAUACUGGUUAUCUGUAAGUGUACUAUUUACUUCAGACCACUGACGUAACCCAUUAUCAAGGAUUAUCGAAAAUAUUUUUGAGAAAAUACUUGUGAGAGAAAUACCUCUAUAAUUAUUUACAUCUCCAGGAUCUCCCUUCUUAGGUACCGGAACUCUCAGUUUGUACACAUAUACAAAAGCAUGAGACAAAUACAUUCAUAUAACUAAGACAUUAUAUACAUGAGGGCAACAAUGAAAACUACUUUAUCCAAUUCAACUCAACUGCCACAUUAUCAAAGUUUAUUAGUACCGGCUUCUUUGUUUCGAUAAGGUCUAUAAACACCUUAUAGAGCACUUCAGAGGUCUAUAAGAAUUACCAGACCUGUCCUACUUCUAUUGUUUACACGAAAAUUUUCAUGACGAAAAACCCCCAAGUGCCUGUGGCGGGACUGGAACCCGGGUCGCUUUGGUGCUAGUCCAAUGCUCUAACCUCUGAGCUAAAGGGUCGACACACUUACGCAGUCGUCAGAGAUUAAAUUUAAACUUACAGGUUAUGCGUAAGCGACCGUAACAAUGCAGUAGAAGCACGAGAAGUCCGUGCAUGUCAUUAACGGUGCGCGCGCAAUUGACUCCAUAAAUAAUGUUAUCACUUGUUUAAAAAAAAGUCCGUUUUAAGUUAAGAUUUUCGACCAGCUUUACAUAUCUUGAAAAUUGAUCUAAACAUGACUUUGCUGUAAAAUUUUAACAUUCUAUUUUAAACAGGUCUUGAGAUUUGUCUGAAAGUUAAAACGAGCAUACUCGGGGAAAUCUUCUGUCUAAAUGGAGAUUGUUUCAUGAAACAGGACAUUUUAUUUAACAACAACAAAAAAAUAAUGACAAUGAAAAAUAAUUGCAAAAAUCACAAACACCACAAAUCUCCUCCAAGUCAAUUAUUAAUCUGCUUAUGAAAAUUGUGACGAAUUUCCGUUCAAUUAUUGAAUGUUCGUGAUAUAUUUUAUAACGCUUCCGGACAUGUCUGAAAUAAGAUUAAGUUUAAAAAUAUUUUAAAGGCAGCUUUUAAGUAGUGGUAAUGGUUGGGAGACUGGACGAAGCAAAUUUCUCGUUUUCUGAAUAAUGUUCUAAUUUUGCUGAAUAUCGUCAAUCCAUAUCAAAUUAACGGUUGACAUUUUUAUGCCUUUAAAUAUUAUUAUAUAUUUUGCACUGUAUACAGUUUUGUCGUUCUUAUGCCGUUUAUAUGACAGUCUUUCAUUUGUGUAAAACAGAAUCUAUUCUUGUAUUGACUUUACAUCCACAAGUACCUGACAUCUUCUCGUGAAUCAGAUGUGGAGGACGAGAACGAUUUUAAACGGAAUUAGUUUUAUUCAAAUCGUUGCCAUGCCACAGAGAACAAAGGCCUCGAACUACAAACCUCUUAAUUAGUAGUACUGUGCUAUCUCUUUGAGUUCAAUAUUUAUUAUCGGCUAAAUAAAGUUACACUUAUUUUUGAGAAAAAAGUACAUCUUGUAGUAUGUCCAAGACAGACUUUUAUCAACAGCUGGUAAUUAAUAUUGUCAAAGAUAAUAUAAAAGAAAAGUGGUACAUUCGUAUUGAGGCAUGUACCUUUAAACUAUACAUUAUUACUUUUGCAAAAACAAAGCUGUAUGUAAUUGCCGAAUAUUUAUGUUCUGCUUAUUUCUGGCUUUCCAACCAGUGCUAAGACACUUGCAGACUUUGACCCUGAUCAAGCUGAUUAGUUCCAAUAGAAAUGUAUUCAUAUAUUUAGAAACUGUCUUCCUAGGGAGAAGAUUUGAAAAAUUGGGGCCUAUUUCUUAUACAAUUUUCUAAUGUAGCAUUUGCUUGUUAUUUGGUAUUUUGACAAGCGAAAGGGGCUUUUCAAUUCACAUAUUCAUAAAACGUGUUAUCAUAAUGAGCCUGAUAACAAGAAUAUAAGCUUUUCAAAAACACUGUUUUCUUAUGUCUUAUGUUACUGUUAUAUCACGAUCAAGUUAAAAUACUCCACUCCUAUGGUGGCUGAUUUAUGACAUCUUGUUACGUCUCGAUGGUGUGCGCGCAGUUGUUUUUAGCACAUUUCGUUGUGUUGUCUUGUCGCGCGCCUGAUCGGGGUAUAUUACUUCGGUCGGAUUAUUUUGCCCGGAUCGGAGAAGUACAAGAACAACAGAAAGAACACAAAAGUUUCAGUAUCUCUAGAAAAGUGCUGACAUUUAUAUUUUAUAUAGUUUAUAUUUUUGACUAGUUUACCUAUAUAUCAUCAAUGCAAACACGACUGUGUACAGUUUUAUCUGUUUUCCUUUUGUUAAACCCCCUCCCACUUUUAUACAUGUAUCUUACAAAGUUGUCAUGAUGGUAUGAGCAUUAGCACUUUUUUAAUAAAGAGUUAUCAACA